AUGGGGAAGAGGGGGCCAGAAAUGAUGUCUUGCACAUCUGCCAGCCCCCGAGUUGGAGCUUCCCAGCGCUCCUGGGAGAGGGGGUCCUACCCCUGUGCAGAUUGGAUGCCAACAGCCCGGGACAGCGCCACUCUGACCGCCGCCUUCGCACGGGACCUCAUGUUGAGUCGGGGAUACUUCUGUCGGAGGCUGGAGAAUGGGAAACUUAGUAAUUGCUCUUCAUGGCUUCUUUCUUUCCUCACUAGGUCUUGCCACUAUCUGACCCUCGGAUGGACCUUUUCUUACCUGCUGUUUUUUCGCACGGUCGCGUACUUCGGUUUCCCAGACCCAACCCCGUUCUCCAACGCUAUACAACUCCUGCUCACCCUCAAGAUGGUGAGCUUGGCCAACGAAGUGCAAGAAUUCACCCAAGCAAAGAAGCAGGACGUGGCGUCGUUCACCAAGUCUUCUAUGAUUGGCGUGAUCCCCAAAAUGCCGGGACUGGUGGAGAUACUGUGUUACAGUUAUUGCUAUGUGGGACUCAUGACAGGCCCGUUCUAUCGCUACCGGACUCACUAUGACUGGCUGACCCAGCCCGACUCCUCCGCUAUCCCCAGCUGGCCGCUGCUGCUUUCCAGAUCUAAAACGAUCCCCAUCUUCGGGGCCUCUUUCCUGUUGGUCUCUCACUUCUUUCCCCUCGACUACGUCCGAAGCAGCGCCUUCUACGAACGAGGACUUCCUUUCCGUCUCUUCUACAUGAUGCCCGUUUUUUUCGUCUUCCGCAUGCGUUUCUAUGUGGCCUGGCUAUGUGCCGAAUGCGCCUGUAUCGCGGCUGCCUUCGGGGCUUAUCCAGCUGCUGCCAAAUCCCGAUCAGGCGGGGGACCCACUGUGGAGUAUGAGCCUCUCAGCAGGUCAGCUGACGGGGAGGCGUUAAGCCUGACUUAUGACUAUGAGACAAUUAAGAACAUCGACCCCCACGGCACGGACUUCUGUGUCAAGGUGAAGGACGGCAUGCGCUAUUGGAACAUGACCGUACAGUGGUGGCUGGCCCAGUACAUCUACAAAAGUGCGCCUUUCCGUUCCUAUGUCCUGAGGAACAUAGCGACCACUUCUGAAAGGCUUGCCAUGAAACCUACAGGGGAAGUGAUGUGUUGGGAGUUGUUCGGCUGGCAAAUGGUUUCCCUUUGUGUCAAGAAAUUUCUAGGCAUGCUGGAACGGCGCCUAGGCAAUGCACCCCAAUCCUCCGCCUACAACAUAAAUUCCACCAGCUACUAUCUCAGCUUCCUGACGAUCCCGCUCUGCCUGGCAGCUGAAGGCGCAAUGGAGAGAGGCUUCCUGAAACACCUCACCCCUGCGGGGCGCCUCUACGGCGACUGGGUGCAGUGGUUCUUGAAGAUGCGGGCCUACGACUACAUGUGCAUGGGCUUCGUGCUGCUCACCUUUGAGGACACGGUCCGCUACUGGAGCGCCAUCUAUUACUGCGUCCACGUGGGGGCGGUGGCCUUCUUCCUGCUGGGAAAGCUGCUGGGAAGCCGGAGGGACCAGGGCGGCUCUCCGAGGAGCAAAGAGGGAGCCGCGCAGAUCCCCCAGUGGCGGGAGUGAAAAGGCUUGAGGCAAGGGGCGGCCGCUAGAGGGCGCCAUGAAGCCCGCAAGGUGAGGCGCUCCCUGUGGCCCUGGAGACCAAGGAAACGGCGCGGGACUCUCUUUUGUUGUCAGUUUGCCCCACUCGAAAACCAGCCUUGGAGGUCCAAGAAUGGGAACCGGCCCUCCUGGCCCCGACGCCUGUUCUCCACCUGCUAGAAUCGUGACCCACCCCCCAGUUGCCACCUGCAGUAACUCACAGGGCAUUUGUCUUUCCUCAGGAAACUCCUCCUGUCCAGCCUUUUGGCCUGUUAGAUUUGUCCUUCCGGCUUCUGUUCUUCGCCCAGGAGUUCUGGUUCCCGACAGCUGUUUGCUCUAAAAUGUUGGUUUUCCUCUCCUCUCCUCGACCUGAAGCCAUUUUACACAGGAGCAAGACAGGAGAGUGCAGGAGUGAGCUGGGCUCUACUUCUUGCCGGCUUCCUAACUGCUCCUGGCAAUUUUUUUAAAACGUACAUAUUUUCUUUAUAUAUAUGUACAUAUAUAUACACACUUAUGUACAAGUACGCAGCUGUGCUGUCCGAAGACCUGUUUUUGGAAAGGGAGUAGGCAUGAGUAAAUGGUAACGUUGAAUAUCCUGCGGCCCUCCAGAUGGUAUGGACUACAGUUCCCAUCAUCCCCUGCCAGCUGGCAGGGGAUGAUGGGAACUGUGGUCCAUAAAAUCUGGAGGGCCACGAGUUUGACACCUGCCAGCAUGAUGGGAACUGUGGUCCAUAACAUCUGGAGGAUCACGAGUUUGACACCUGUGUAUGGGUCAAACAGUGGGGGGGAUAUCCUGCCUCAAGCUGUGGCAGCUCCCCAAAAUCCCAUAAGCCUCUGUAGUCCUGAAUCAAUGACCCCCCCACCCCAAAGCGGGAGUGAGGUUCUAGGAGUUUCAGAGGCCCUUUGGGGCCCAGAUACCAAACCCCGCAAAAAGGCAGCCGGUCACCCUUCAUUAAUUUGGAGAAAAGAAACUAGUACUGAAAUGAAGUUUCCCGUACUUCCAAAACCUGGUCCCAGAGGGGCAAAUACAAAGACCUCAGCUAUGCUGGUUUGGGUUUUAGACCACAGGAUUCUGUUUUAAAGAAUUGCAGGGGCUGGUUUGGGGGAACACUUGAAAAGUUAAAGGACUGCGGGGCUUUGAAAGUGUGGUUUUAUGUUACCGCUUCGUUGUUGUUGAUGUGGUUUUGUCUCCCUUUGGGUGGGAGGCUUGAGGAAGUUUUUUUUAAAGCCCUGAUUUGACCCGACGGCAAUUAUACUUCAUGACCACGGCUACUGUAGCUUGUUUGGAAACUUGAAUUAGAAAUAAAAGUUUUUGGCAAGA